UUUAAACUUAAAGAUGGAGAUGGAAAUAUAUAUGGCAGUCAAAAGAAAAUACUUGAGGAAAUUCACUCUUUUUACCAAAAUUUUUAUACAGAGAAUCAUUGUACUGACCAAAAUAAAAACAUAGAGGACUUUUUGAACUCUAUUGAAACACCAUCUGUAAAUGAAGAUGACAGGCAUUUUCUUGAAAAACCCUUUUCAAAACAGGAACUUUAUACUACUAUUUGCUCUAUGAAACAGAAUAAAUCACCUGGAUUUGAUGGUUUACCAGUAGAAUUUUAUAUUGUUUUUUGGAAGGAUUUAUCAGAUAUGCUUCUUGACUCAUUUAAUUUUUCCUUACAAAAUGGUUCGAUGUCCUCUUCUCAAAGGAAUGGAGUAAUCACAUUGAUUCCUAAAAAAAGAUAAAGAUAUUUUAUAUUUAAAAAAUUAUAGACCCAUAUCUCUUCUAACAGUUGAUUAUAAAAUUUUAGCAAAAACAAUUGCAAAUCGUUUGAAAAGGUGUUUGGAUUCACUUAUUCAUUCUGAUCAGUCUGGGUUUUUGAAAGGAAGAAGUAUUGGAAAUAAUGUUCGCUUAAUUAUAGACAUAAUUGAAUACACCAAAUCAAAAGACAUCCCUGGUGCAAUCCUCCUCCUUGAUAUCCAAAAAGCUUUUGAUAGUGUCUCACAUUCAUUCCUUUUCAAGGUUUUAUCUAAAUUCAAUUUUAGUGAAAAUUUUAUCAGUUGGAUCAAGGUUUUGUAUGCUGAAAGAAAAAGUUAUCUAAUUAAUUAUGGAAAUCUGACAAACCAAAUAGAUAUGCAAAGAGGAAUUUUCCAGGGGUGCCCAAUUUCCCCAUAUUUAUUUUUGUUAGUAAUAGAAUGUAUGGCACUUGCAAUUAGACAAAACCCUAAUAUCAGAGGAAUACCUGUAGAAAACACAGACCUAAAAAUUUCCUUAUUGGCAGAUGACUCCACUUGCUUUAUUGAUGGUUCAGAAAACUCAUUCCAAUCUUUAUUUGAUACCAUUGAAUUCUUUUCCGAGAGUUCAGGAUGUAGAUUAAAUAUCAAUAAAUCAGAGGCAAUAUGGAUUGGCUCAAAAGAGGGCUUAACCUCCUACCCCUUUGCAAGUAAGGAAUUAAAAUGGAACCAACGUACGUUUAAAACAUUGGGCAUCCAUUUUUCAAUAAACACAGCUGAUCUAUAUAAUCUUAAUCAUAAACUAAAACUUAAAUCUAUUGAAACUACCUUAAAUUGUUGGAGAGCCAGAAAUUUGUCCCUUGUUGGGAAGAUCUGUGUGAUAAAGACCCUAUUGCUACCACAGCUGCUUUAUUUCUUUUCUGUGCUGUGUAUUAAAAUUCCUAAAAGAUUUUUUAAACAAUUGAAUUCACUGUUUUACAAGUUUAUUUGGAACAAUGGUAGUGAUAGGGUCAGAAGGCAAUUCUUGUGUAAUGAUUUUUCACAGGGGGGUUUACGCAUGAUUGACCCCUAUACCUUUUCUCUGGCGCAGAAAAUGUUUUGGGUAAAAUUAUUAUUGGAUGACAAGUAUCAAAGUUUGUGGAAAGAGAUAGAAAUUUCUGUUCAAAAGAGAUUUAGUUCUAAAGAAAAUUUAUUAUGGUAUGCUAAUGCUCCCUCAUGUGUUCUUGAUAAAUUAAUUUCCUCGCAAUUAGCUGAAUCACUUCAAACAUGGUACUUGUUUAGGGAAUAUUUUACUAUACUGGAAUGGGAUACACCAUUUUCAUUGAUUGGUAAAUGCCAGUGUAUUUGGUACAAUAAAAAUGUCAGAUCUAAGUCAAAGCAGUAUUUCUUGUAUCAGAAUUGGCUAAAUAAUGGAAUUGUAUUUAUUUCUGAUUUACUGAACCCCCCUCUCCCUGGCAGUAUGUUAUUUGAAGAGUUGAUACUAGAGUAUGAUAUAGCCCCUCAUGAGAGGAGAAAAUAUAAUUUCCUGAUGAAGAAUAUUCCUGAAGACUGGCUGUCCUACUCUGAGUUCACACCUGACACAAUAUUUGAGGAAAUUAAAAGAAAACUUCUUGCAAGUCACAAAAUCCCAAAAUAUGCUUAUGGUGUCAUGUUGAAAACUUUUUUACCCGAAAAACAAUUUGAAUAUUGGGGGAAUUUCAGUGAAUCAGGUAUAAAUGAUUGGGAGAAAAUUCAUGUAAGUAAUUUGAAAUCUACAAAUAUUACACGUAUUCGUUCAUUUUACUUCAAACUGUUUCAUAGGGCUAUAGCCCUGAACAAUUUUUUAUAUAAAAUAAAAAGGAAAGAUUCCCCAGAUUGUGUUUUUUGUUCCUCAUCACCAGAGACCUAUAUUCACUUGUUUGUGGAAUGCCCUGUAAUUAAACCCAUUUGGAGCGAGAUUAUUCAUGUUAUGAGUAAGAAAAUGAAUAGAGUGGUGAACCCCUCGAUCUUUGAGAAGAUGUUUGGUUGUGAGAAGGACAAAUUUGUUACAUUUCUGUUUCUUUUACUUAAAUAUUACAUAUAUAUAUGUAAAUUUCAAGGGAAAAUUCCAUCAUUUGAAGGUUACAAAACAUAUAUUGUUACUCACAAAAAUUUAGAAUAUGCUAUUGCAAAAAAGAAUAACAAAUUGCCUCUUCAUUUCAAGAAAUGGAGGUUUAUAUUUUGAAUCCUCUAUUGUAUUUUUUAUAAGGUGCCACAAAUUUUAAUGGCUGUACAGUAUUCCCCCUAUACCCAAAACAAUAUUCAACUGACCUACCCUACUAGACGGAAACACUCAUAAGAAAGUUGUACAGGAUAAUCAAUACUGAGAAGGAUGCUAUCUGACAAAAAGGUGUAAUAUUUUGGUUUCUUUAUAAUGUUUACAUUUUGCCAUUUUAUAGGGUAGAAAGCUAUUUUUUCACAUAAUGAUGCUGAGCUUCAGCUUGUUUUGGCUUGCAGAGGUCAUUGGUUCGCAGAGGUCAUUCGCAUCCUGUUAAUGUGUUUUCUUCCCCCCUAAAUUCCACCAAUAGGGCAGACAUCAUCCAUUCAAUCCUGAUCUUUAUUCUGAUUAAUGAUUGUGAAGCUUAGCGAGUAGUUUUACCAAGCAGACACCAUGCUUUGUAUUAUGUGUUUUUUUCUAACUUUUUCUUUUUUUGUUUUUUUGUUUUGUUAUAUUGUAACUAUUGUUUUACAUCUAUUUUAAAUCAUUGUAACAAUCACUUGUAAAUUUGUAAUUUUGUUGAUUCAAUAAAACAUAUA